AUGGAGGCAACGUUGAAAGGAGGGCCGUGGAUUUUCGGCAAUCACUUACUGAUCAUUGAGAGAGUGCAAAUUGGGGUGCAGCUGGAGAAUAUCCAUAUGUUCCAUGUUGAAAUUUGGGUUCAGGUUCAUAAUCUUUCGACGAGUCAGAUGUUGGAGAAGUUGAGCAAAACAAUUGCAAAUUUUAUCGGUACUUUUGUGGAGUAUGACAAGAACAACAACUCAAGCUUCUGGAGGCAGUAUAUGCGUUUGAGAGUGAAAGUAGAUGUCCGACAACCAUUAAAAAAGAAUACCAGAGUUAAGAAUAAAGGCGGAGAGUGGUGUACAUUUAUUUUUAAGUAUGAAAAUUUGGGUCUCUUUUAUUUUGUUUGUGGAGUUUUGGGACAUUCUGAACAGAGGUGCGAAGUUCGGUUCGCCGUGGAUGAGGAUAAUGGUAGUUGGGGAUAG